AUACAUAUAUAUUUCAUGUGUACAUGUAUAUACGUCGAAUAUGCUCCUCAAAAGUCGUCUUAGCAAACAACGGGGAAUCAAAAACAUUGAAACAACACAUAAUGAUUUGUUCGUCCGUUCAUUUUGAGUUAUUUGCAGAAUUCGUUUGAAACCCAUUGCCGGAAAAGAUGGCAAGUGAACGGAGAAUCACGAGAAGUUCAACUUUCCGGUGGGUUUCCCGGAAAUUUGUACUGCCGGAGCCGGACAUGGCGGGGAUUGGUUUCUUAUCAUUUGAAAUCGCGCCUCUUAUGUCGAAGCUUGUUCAGCUAUGGAAUCGAUUAGAAGACGAGGAAUUCAUGAGAGUGAAACAACAGAUUUCGAACUCAAAAGGAAUCGAAAUACUGAUUUCGAAUGACGAACAAUUUCUAAUGGAGCUUUUGAGGGUAGAAAUCGUCGGAGAUCUUCAAUACAUCGCGAAAUCAAUCGCGAGAUUUGGGGACAAAUGUUCGGACCCUGUUCUUCACAAAUUUGAAAAAUUCGUUGAAGAUCCAAUGAAGAACGAAUUUGAUUGGGGUAGAUGGCAAUAUAGAUGGGAAAAAAUGGAGAGAAGAGUGAAGAAAAUGCAGAAAUUUAUUGUGUUCACGGCCGAGCUGUCGAGGGAAAUGGAGGUUCUGGCGGCGGUUGAACGAAAUUUGGGGAGGAACACAACGAAUUUUUCCUUUGCCGGCGGCGGUGGAAAAUCGUUCAAUUACCGGAAGGAAAUUUCAUGGCACCGCCGUCGUGUUCAGAGCUUGAAAUUGUUGACCCCUUGGAACAGAACAUUCGAUUACAUUCUUAGACUUUUCAUGAGAUCGAUUAUUACCAUUACACAACGAAUCAAAAUUGUGUUUGGGGUUAACGAAAUGUGGCUGCCGGAGGACAGCGGAAAGAAAAUCACCGGCCGCCGUAUCCCGGCGGAUAAUUGCAGGAGGUCGAAAGUAGAAGAACAGGGGAAAAAACAGAGUUAUAAUCGGAGUCCGCCAUUGAUGAAGAAUUCUGCAGAGAGCAAAAGGUUUUCUCAAUUUCCCCAUUUCCGGUCAUUUCGAGACUGCAAGUACGGAGCAACUGUUUCUCCACCGCCGUCGCAACAGGUUCGCAAAACGUCGUCGUUGAAGCUGAAAAACACAGCAGUUGAAAACAGAGUAUCAUCAUCACUGAGACGAAUCAACGGCGGACAUUAUUCAAUCUCAUCAUUCUUUAUUAAAGAAAAUUUACCAAGCUCACCUCCAAAUUCCCUCGGCGCCGCCGCCUUAUCAAUUCAUUACGGAAAAAUAGUGACUUUGAUCGAGCAAAUGGCGUCCGCGCCUCGCCUAAUCGGUAGCAAGGAACGGGACAAGCUGUACAACAUGUUGCCGUUGAGUAUAAGGAAAGCUCUGAGAUCCCGACUGAGAAAGGCAGCAAAAAUUCGGCACUCGUCUCUGUACGAUCCAGUUCUGGCGGCAGAGUGGAAAUCAGCGACGGCGAAAAUAUUGCAGUGGUUAACUUCAAUGGCUCAUGACAUGGAGACAUGGCAUUCAGAGCACAGUGUUGAGAAGAAGCCCAACGGCGGCGACAUGGGUGGUUCAAAGCCGUGUGUUUUGCUGCUGCAAACUCUCCAUUAUGCAGACAGGGAGAAGACGGAGGGCGCCAUUGUUGAGGUGCUCGUAGCUUUGAGCAAUAUUUGCAGUUCAAAUGAAGUUCAUGAGCAGAGAUUGUUAAAGGGAUUUGGCGUUGAAGCUGAUGAGAGUUAUUUGUGUAGAAAUUAUGGGUUUUCCUGUUUUGAUGUUCUUGCUCUGUAA